CUGGCUUGUUUUGACAGCUUGGACGAGUGGGAUGGGAGGGAGCAGGAUGUGUCGCGAGAGUUGUCCUCACACCGCCUUGUGGGCGAUGUAACUAUGGCGAGCCCGGGGAUCGAGGCCGAGCAGGAGCCGCUUUUAGGCGACCGCACACCCGGAAGCAGAGAAUGGGAUAUUAUAGAAACUGAAGAGCAUUAUAAGAGCCGAUGGAUAUCAAUUAGGAUUCUGUAUCUUACUAUGUUUCUCAGCAGUGUAGGAUUUUCCAUUGUGAUAAUGUCAAUAUGGCCAUAUCUCCAAAAGAUUGAUCAGACAGCUGAUGCAAGUUUUUUGGGCUGGGUUAUUGCUUCAUUUAGUCUUGGCCAAAUGGUAGCUUCACCUAUAUUUGGUUUGUGGUCUAAUUAUAGACCAAGAAAAGAACCUCUUACUGUCUCCAUCUUCAUUUCGGUUGCGGCUAACUGCCUCUAUGCCUAUGUCCACGUUCCAGCUUCUCAUAAUAAAUACUACAUGUUGGUUGCUCGUGGAUUGGUGGGAUUUGGAGCAGGAAAUGUGGCAGUUAUUAGAUCAUAUAUUGCCGGUGCUACUUCUCUUCAGGAAAGAACAAGUUCCAUGGCAAACACUAGUGCAUGUCAAGCAUUGGGUUUUAUCUUAGGUCCAGUUUUUCAGGCUUGUUUUGCUCUCAUUGGAGAAAAGGGCGUGACAUGGGAUACCAUUAAACUACAGAUAAACAUGUACACAGCACCAGUUUUACUUGGCGCGUUCCUGGGAGUUUUAAAUAUUAUUCUGAUCCUUAUUCUAUUAAGAGAACAUCGUGUGGAUGACUCAGGACGACAGUGUAAAAAUGUUAAUUUUGAAGAAGCAAGUACAGAUGAAGUUCAGGUUCCCCAAGGAAAUAUUGAUCAAGUUGCAGUUGUGGCCACCAAUGUUCUGUUUUUUGUGGUUCUAUUUAUCUUUGCCCUUUUUGAAACAAUUGUUACUCCAUUAACAAUGGAUAUGUAUGCCUGGACUAGAGAACAAGCUGUAUUAUAUGAUGGAGUAAUACUUGCUGCUCUUGGAGUUGAGGCAGUUAUUAUUUUCAUGGGGAUUAAAUUACUUUCCAAGAAGAUUGGCGAACGUGCUAUUCUACUGGGAGGACUCAUCGUUGUAUGGGUUGGCUUCUUUAUCUUGUUACCCUGGGGAAAUCAGUUUCCCAAAAUACAGUGGGAAGAUUUACGUAAUAAUUCAAUUCCUAAUACGACAUUUGGGGAAAUUAUUAUUACUCUUUGGAAAUCUCCAAGAGAAGAUCACAAUGAAGGACCAACUGGCUGCCCAAUUGAACAAGCCUGGUGCUUCUACACCCCCAUGAUUCAUCUGGCCCAGUUCCUCACAUCAGCUGUGCUAAUUGGAAUAGGCUAUCCAUCCUGUAAUGUUAUGUCCUAUACAUUAUAUUCAAAAAUUCUGGGACCAAAACCUCAGGGUGUGUACAUGGGCUGGUUAACAGCUUCUGGAAGUGCAGCCCGGAUUCUUGGACCUGUGUUCAUCAGCCAACUCUAUACUUCCUGGGGCCCACGAUGGGCAUUCAGCCUUGUGUGUGGAAUAGUGGUACUUACCAUCCUGCUCCUGGUUGCAGUAUACAAAAGACUCAUUGCUUUUUCUGUAAGGCAUGGAAGGAUUCAAGAGUAAUGUAACUAACUCUGCAAUGGAAAGUACUUGGUAUGGGACUUCCUCUUCCAAGGCUCUGGUAUGAGUCAGGUUCCAAAAGUCAGGCUGCAAAUAUUGUAUAUUUUGAAUAACAAGAACAUACAUUGAAUAAUUCAGGGAAUUCAAUGUGUAAUUGGGAAUAGUAAGGUAAUAGUAAAACACUCUGGUUCAUAAUUCCCUUCUUUCAAACAAUAUUCUAUCGUAACAUCUCUUUUGGGGUGCAUGAACUCAUGAGUGAAUGGACAAUGGUUUAUAAAUGGGAAGUUGUACUUUUAGCUUAGACUGCAGAAGUGUCAUUAAAAUAAUGAGAAAAUACGCAGUGAAAUCGUAAGGAGAGUUCUGUAUGAAUUACCUAUAACAAAAAAAAAAAAAAGAAAUUAUAGAAAUUACCUAAAUAGAAGUAUCUCUGUUUGAAGAUACCUACUUUUUAUUUAUUUAAAAAUGCAAUUUCUAUUAUCAAAUUUCCUAUGAAAUAAAAAUCAUGAGUCUUAAAUUUUCUAUUUACCAUGACCUGCUGUUCUACCUGAUGUUCUAUGUCAUUAUUUUUAAUAUUAUACCUUUUGUCCUAUUUUAGUUCAGGAUCUCACUAAGUAACCCCUAAGUUAAUAGGUAAGCACAAAUAAUGCUAAUACUUGAGCAAUAAAGAGGAGUAAGAGAUCAAGAUGAAUUACACUAUCUUUAGUAGGACUAAUUACAAUUUUAUUUCAAGUUCUACUAAUAAUAACUCACUUUAGGAACAUGAGCCAAGUGUGUUACAGUAUACAUAUACUGAACAGCAAACUGUAUAUUAAAAUUACUGGCAUUUUUCAACUCCCUUAAAUUCUGGAGAAAAACUUUCACUUCAGUUAUUUACUUUUCCCAUCUCUUGGUAGUGACAGGGAAGACACAACAGUUUUCAAACUAUGUGCAGCUAUUCAGAACUGCAGAAUUUUAAGUUGGCAUAGGCCAUGACAACCCCAGUCUAGCUAGGCUAAUAAAUAUUUGAGGUAAAAUUGCUUAUCUCUAUCAGUUUACUGAGUUUACUUGAAGUUGGCUAAAUCACACUCUCUUAUGUAUACAUUUCUACCUCUACAUAUGUUGAAUGCUGAUAAGAGGAAUAGUAUAAAAUUAUGUAUAUGGAUGAUCAAUAUUACCAAAAAAUGCAAAAAUAGUUCUAAAUAUUUUACCAAAUGUUUCCUACUCUAAGUUUUAUUUUCAGAUCUCAAAGUAAUUAAGUAAACACUAUAAUCUGCACUUUAUACUGUUUACUGUACUCGUGUUUUUUUCCUUUUUUUUUUUUUUUGGCCUGAACAAAGAAAUUUAUUUCUCACAGUUGUGGAGG